CCCCCCCCCAACCACCGUCCCCCGAGCGAGAACCGCGAAGGGAUCCGUGACCGUCAGGGCCCCCACCACGGCCGCCGCGUGGACGAGGGGGACUGCCCUCUAACAACGACGACCACGACGAGCGCCGUCACUGGCCCCCCCCCCCACGUCCCCCGCCAUGGGUGAGCCCCGCGAGUCGUCCUCUCAGCGCCCGCGGGAGUCGAGUUGGUGGAGAGUCGCUCGAGACGCCGACGCCGCCACCGCCGUUCGUCCUCCCUCGCCGCCGUCGUUCCGCUAGCGCCCGCUCUCUCGCCGCACGCGUCAACUCCCCCCUCCAUCGCAGGGACCAGCAGCCAGAGCCAGUCUUACACGAGCGCAAGGUGGUGCACAGCAAUCGUUCCGCAAUGGAUCCCUACAACGUCACCAUGGACAUCAUCAACCGGCAGAUCAGGGAACGCGGGGUCCUCUCCUUCCAGCGGAGGCAGCACGUGACGGACGCGAUGGUGCGCCGCCUCGGGCUGGAGGCCGAGUUGCAGGGUCACACGGGCUGCGUCAACUGCCUCGAGUGGAAUGAGAAGGGAGAGAUGCUCGCGUCGGGCUCGGACGAUCAGCACAUCAUCCUGUGGGACCCGCUGAGGCACCGCAAGCUGCUGCAGAUGCACACGGGACACACAGCCAACAUCUUCUCUGUCAAGUUCCUGCCGCACUCGGGCGACCGCCUCGUGGUGACGGGCGCCGCCGACUUCAAGGUGCACGUGCACGACGUCGUGAGCAAGGAGACGCUGCACAUCUUCGACAAGCACACUAAUCGCGUCAAGCGCAUCGCCACGGCCGCCUCCACGCCGCACAUGUUCUGGAGCGCCGGCGAGGACGGCACCAUCCGGCAGUUUGACCUCCGCGAGAGCAGCAACCGCUCGCAGGUGCUGGUGGACCUGACGUGGUACUGCAGCUCGCAGGUGGAGGCCAAGUGCCUCGCCAUCAACCCAAGUGACAACACGAGCCUCGCCGUGGGCGCCAACGACCCCUACGUGCGCCUCUACGACAUGCGAAUGAUCACGCAGCACAGGAAGUCGUGCCGUCUGAACGCCCCUAGCGGCACAGGGGUGGAGCUGGACUCCCAGUACAGCAAGCUUCCCGACGGUGCCGUGCAGUACUACGUGGCGGGUCACCUCCCGUCAAAGCAGACGGACUACCAGCGCAGGUUCCGCACGCUCGCCGUCACGUACCUCACUUUCAGUCCCGACGGGAACGAGCUGCUCGUCAACAUGGGCGGGGAGCAGGUCUACAUGUUCGACCUCCACAGCCGCCAGCGCCCGUACUGCUUCUCUGCUGCCUCGCGACGCCGGGCAACGCCGGGCGCCGACGUGCAGAACGGGAAGCAGGCGAAUGGCGUCUCCAAUGGGCUGCACCUGCACAGCAACGGCCUGCGCCUGUCCGACGAGCCCCAGCAGCCGCCGCCGAGCCCCGAGCUGCCGCCGGCCGUGGAGAAGCUCAAGCAGCUGGCGAACGCGGCGUUCGGGCGCCAGCAGUGGCCCGUCGCCGUGAGCCUCUACAACCGCGCCGUCGCGCUUUGCCCCACCAACUCCGUGCUCUACGGCAACCGCGCCGCCGCCUACAUGAAGCGCAAGUGGGAUGGCGACCAGUACGCGGCGCUGCGCGACUGCCGCGCGGCCGUGGCGCUCAACCCUUGGCACCUGAAGGCGCACUUCCGGCUGGCGCGCUGCCUGUACGAGCUGCGGCACGUGGGCGAGGCGCUCGCCUGCCUCGACGACUUCCGCGGACGCUUCCCCGAGCAGGCGCGCAGUAGCGCGUGCGACGCGCUCGACCGGGACAUCAAGGCGGCGCUCUUCUCUCGCACGGAUAGCGACGACGAGAGGAAGGCGACCGACCCGACUGGUGGUGGCGGCGGAGGCGGCGGUAGCGGCGGAGCAGGGAGUGGCGGCGGGCGCGUGCGAGGGUUUUCCGAGGAGGAGCUUCGUCUGCGUGAGCACAGCUACGACUACAAGCUGCGCUACUGCGGCCACUGCAACACCACCACCGACAUCAAGGAGGCCAACUACUUCGGCAGCGCGGGCCAGUACGUGGUGGCCGGCUCGGACGACGGCUCCUUCUUCCUGUGGGACAAGGCGACGUGCAACCUGCUGCGCGUGCUGCGCGGAGACGAGUCCAUCGUCAACUGCCUGCAGCCGCACCCCUCGGCCUGCCUGCUGGCCUCGAGCGGCAUCGACCCCGUCGUCAGACUCUGGGCCCCGAGGCCGCAGAACGGCUUUGAGAAUGAGCGCGUGGUGGACGACACGGACGCCGUGUGCCUGGCGAACCAGCGGCGCAUGAACGCCGACCCCCUGGAGGUGAUGCUGCUCAACAUGGGCUACCGCAUCACGGGCCUCACGGGCUCCGAGCUCGGCUCGGACGACGACUCGGGCUCCGAGAGCCAGGUGCAGUGCCGCACUACCUGAUCACGGCGUCGCGCGGAGUGGGGGGGGGGGGGGGCGGGGUGGGGGGUGGGUGGGGGGAGCGUUGGGUGCGGGAGAAACAGCUGGCGCUGUGGUGGGAACGACCGUCACGGGUGCAGCUCUCUCGGUGUCACUCUUCUAUCGCUGCUGCUACCGCGGUCGCUCUUCCAGCAAACUUGACUCGCUGAUUCACUCCCAUCGCUUGCUCACCGGUGGUCAGUCACCUCCUUAUCACUCUCUUCUAUCGCUACUCCCGUGGACAUUGUUCCCGUGGACUUCAUGAACGGAUUCCUCCAUUACCUUCCAGACGUCGACUUUGAUCUCACCCCCACACUGUGUUCAACCUCCACACUACCGAUCACAACAACGCACGUACCAUCCUCUCGCUCACUCGCCACACCGCAGUUCACCGCUCUUCCCUUUCUACUUCAUCCCUCACACCGUUCCACUACGAAAUUCCCUUCCAUCGUCACUUUUUCCCAAGCUCUUGUAAUCAUCUUACUCAAUUCAAGAAACGCUUUACACUCGUCAGCCAUUAUAACUUGAGCAGUGCUGUUGGUUUGGGCCUUUUGGGCCCGUGUUCAGCAACUGUGCUUAAACAAACAAGAGGAUGAUCACGUCUUUCCUUCUGCCAGAUCCCUCGGCUGUUGCACAGUUGAAACUCGACCAGCAAUGACCGCUCUCACAGCCUCGUCACCACCACCACCACCACGUCUGGCUUGAGCUCUACCCCGUGGUCACCGUGCCACUCCACUGCCCACCUCGGUCACCUGCCCUCCGCCACCCUGCGCACGCGUUCCCCCACGAAUCGCAAACAAACUCCUCUCUUCUUCCUUGUUUACAUCCACAUCGCUUUCCUGCCGUCUGCUCUUCCCAACCGCCACUUUACUUACCCUGUCCCCCGCCACUAACUUCCCAUCGUCUUCUGCAUGCGCUCACAUUAAAAAGGCCAGAAGCUUUGGUAAAGUCCAGAGUGUAUAAUAAAUCCAGACGAGGGGGAGUUUUGAGAUAUUUUGACGCUUAGAAGAAAGCCCCUCUGGUGGAAACCCAAAUGUGAACAGUGACAAGUGAAGAGAGUGAUGGGGGGGAGAGUGAGAGGAGCAGAGUUGGAAAUUACGUAGCUGCUCUUUGCCGGAUGAAUGCAGUAAGCCACCUGACGCCGUUUGAGCUGAACGGCCAUUUGCGUGCUCACAGAGCGACGGUUCUUCUCACCGCAGCGCCAGUCUCCGGUCCGGUCUCAGCGGCGGCCCCGCCCCCCCACCUCCUCCCACCUACCUUUGGUUUUGUUUGCGCGCCAUGAAUUUGCACGUGACCGCCAGGGCCAGGCCAGAGAGUUCAUGGAGAGCAGGUUCUGUGCGCACGCUGAGGCUGCCCACAGAUUCCUCGUUAGGGCCUUGUUUCGCUAAUAUGAAAUGUUUACUCGCAACAAGGGAUUCUGGGUAAAUGAGGCAGUACGUUUGGUCGGCCCGUAUUGUAAAACAAAACAUUGGCAGCGUUAUCUCUCGUUGGUUCAUGGCUCGGUCGUAAAUAAUUAUAUUUAUUUCAAAACGGACCCCGUACUUCCCUGACGGUCCGGUAUUUUGCCAUUUACCAAUAUAACGACGUUUAGCAAGCUUCAGAAAUAUUCCCACGCUUCGUUACUGCAGACCGACGAGGGAUGACAGCCUGGUAGACGACGACCCGUUUGUUGACGAUCACGGAAUGACGUUUGAGAAACGCUGUUCCCAUUUUACUAAAGGAUUUAAAAGCAAAGUACAGAGACGUAUAUGUACAUUUUGCGUUACGCACUUGCGAGUGAAAAUACCGUUAGGGUUUUCACAAUAGCUGCAUGAGUUGACAAAAAACAACAUUUCGCGAAUAAUUUAAUAUUAGCGUCUUAACGAUGACUCGAAAGCGUUGUAGUUUUUUCCCCCGUUUAAAAUAAAAUGCGAGUGAUUCCGGUGUGGUGGUAAUCGUACGAGAAUUUGUAAUAUUGCGCUUGCUAUGCAACAAACGGUCGUUUAUCCACGGAGGCUGGGACACUCGCCACGGCCCGUUGCUUUACCCACGGCACCUCGCAGCCACGCAGUGCAGCAGUCCCAGGCAAAGAGAGACUGCCGCGGUGGAAAUAAAAAAAUCUAUCCGAAAAAAAAAAGUUGGAUGUGUGGUAUGAUGGGGCGCCUCCCCCGCAGAAUGUCAGAUUUACACCCAGACCACGUGGGGUUAAAUCGCCAACACCCAUAGGGGGAAGUCGCACCACCGUGACGGUUAUGGGCAAGGCCAUGAUGCGCGUGGGCUAGUUAUUUUGGCGAUCGUCGCCAGCAAUCGCCACCGGCAAAGCCAGUUGCCAAGAACAGCGCUCGUGACUCAGUUGAAGUUACGGAGCUUUGUCUAGCCCAGGGGGUUGGCAACCAGAAUAACAAGGAAAGAGCCUUUUUCUUUUUGAAUUCAGUAAAAAAAACCCUCAAUAUUUCAAGAGCCGCAAUGCAAUGUUCAUACGAGACGGGAGACGGUGGUCCUCAAUAAAUAACGUCACGAAAGCAGUCCUUAUAAAUAGCAGCAUGCGGCUCCGGAGCCUCAGGUUGCCGACCCCUGGUGUAGCCAAUCGGUGACCUCCUGCUCAAACGACAGCCCUGAACCAGUGGUGAAAAUACUUCAUUCCUAUGGCAGGUGCGAGCGUCUCCAUAGGACAACCACUGUUGACUUCCAUACGAAGUGGUACUUGUUUUACGGAACCCAGAGCGACGAUGGGCCGAGUCAAUCCCCCAACCAGGAUUUGAACUCGUGACCUCCUGAUUGCGGGCCGCUCACUCUACCGCUUAACCACCUGGCCGGUCUAGCAAAUUAAAACAGUUGCUUACAGAGUCUACGAUGAGCAAUGACUUGCCAACAUCCAAUCAGAUAUCACAACCUGGUGAUAUCUGAUUGGAUGUUGCCACCCAUGUGCACACUAGGGAGCAAGUAGUGAUCAGAUUUGUCCAGAAGCGGGCAAUUGCAUCGCGUAGGAAACUGUUGCUGGUGAGAAUUCCUGGCGACAGUUGCCCUAAAAUGACCAUCGUGCAUCCUCUGGCCCUCGCGACAGCUACAGCGUUUCCCCCACCCACUCCUGUAGAUUCCAGUGCCAGAAGAGCGUCGGUGCAAGGUUGGAAUGAGGUGUUGAGUUGCGUUGGUGGUCGCAAUUCUUGUUGCUUUGGUCGCAUUACUAAAACCUGGACGUUUUGACAAUUUGCGGUCUUUAAACGUUGCCAAGAACCCACAGACGCAGGCAAACCUCUUCUAUUUGCGUACCAAGCAUUGAUGAAUCCGACCUUUGUAUUUUUUUGCUGUACAGUAGUAAAUGCUAAUAUAUGUUAAAAAUAUAUAUAUAAAAUAUAUCCAGCGA